GCGGCCAGGUGUGUGGAAGACAUGGAGGAGAGUAACCCUCAUCCCAUCUCUAUACACAACUUCAGUGACAAGAUAUGUGACAGAGUUGUCCACUUCCAUGUGAUGAGUCUGCAGGACUGCUUCCUGGUGUGGGUCGGCUUCUCUCCCCCUCCCUGAGGAACCUGGCGGUGGCCAUGUGCAGCAGAUUUGACUCGGUACCAUUGUCUACUUUGAUACUUGGAGACAAGUCUGAUCCUACUUCAAGUUCUUUUGCACAGCGGUUAGCAAAGAAGACUAAAAAGCAAGUGUUUGUCAGCAUUAGCAUUCCAGCAACUGACAGCCAGGUACUGUUGCUGAUAGAGAAACGAAUCAAGCAGGAAAUGGAUGCCUUUCCUGAAAAGUUUUGA